UGUAAAUAGAUCAUUUUUCCCUGAGACGACCGCCGCACAAACGUUAUUUUCGGUUUCUCCUUCCUCAGUCAUGCAAUCUUAAGCGAAUUGAAUCCUCAAUCGAAACCCUAAUUUCACCCAGAAACCCUAGAUCAAUUAAAGAACCUUCAAAAAAUGGGUGGUCAUGGAGGUCUAAACAUCCUCCCUCAGAAAAAAUGGAACGUAUACAACUUUGAUAAUCGCGAGAAAGUUCGAAAAGACGAAGAAGCCGCAGCCAAAGAGGAACAACUCAAACGCGAGCAAUCUCGCAAACGUGAUUCCGAAUUCCGUCUUCAACAACUUCGCCGCGCUCGUGGCAUUGAUCCUGAAUCCGACAUAAAAGAUACACCUUCUCAACAAGUUGUUGAACCAGAAUCAAAUUCCGUUGUUGAAUCAAAAUUAGAGUCAAAAUCAGAAUCAAAUCAUGUUAAUUUGUUUGAGGGAAUUAAGAUAUUUGAUCCAAUUCAGGCUAUUGAGAAAGUUCGAGAAGAUGAAGGGAACAAAAAGAAGAUGAAGAAGGAGGAAGUUAGAGUGGUGGGACCAGAAGAUGAGAAAUAUAGACUUGGAUAUGGAGUGGCAGGGAAAGGAGUCAAAGCUCCUUGGUAUGCGAUUAAGCCUGAAAAAGAGGUUGAGGAAUACGAGGAUGCAAAGAGUGGAAAGAAACGGAAGUUUGAGAGUGGGGAGAAGAUUAAGGUGAAGAAGAGUGUGGAGGAGUUGAGAGAGGAAAGGUUGAAGAGAGAAAAAUUGGAGAAGGAGAGGGCACGAGCGUUGAUCUUGCAGAAGAGAGGCUCCAAUGGCCGCUAUCAAAGUGACAGAGAAAGGAGGCAAUGGCAUUGAGUAUUUUUAAUUUCUUGUUGAAUUGCUCUCACGCACGUGUUUCAUGGGCAGCAUCUGGAUUGAGUUCUCUCCUUGUGGCACUGGUGGGAAUUCUGAAUCUGAACGACAGGAAUCGGACGUUGCUUCAAAUACCUGUGCUUAUAGUUGAUUGAAGUGCUUUUGGGCUUUCUACUGCAGAAAUUUCUCUUCUUUUACUUGUUUAAGCUGGCAACCAUCUGGACCUGACACCAAACUGCUGAUCAGAUGUCAUGAAUUGCUGCUUCUUUCUUCGAGAUCUAUCCUGUUUAUCUCUCAGAUUCUACUCAAAAUCCAAUGGGUUUGGCUAUGUGUGAUUUAUGUAUUAGUCUUCCUAGUUUAAAAAAAACUGAGUGAUCAUAAUUCAGAAUUCAGAUGUAGCAAAGGCAUAUAUAUUGGUCACCCGAUAAAUGAUUUUGUAUUUGAUUUGGGCUUCUUUACCUCUCAUUAUGUCUUUGAUGCA